AUGUCUAAACUUCCUCUUAAAACAUACGUGGAGGCGCUAAGAUCCUUCGAUACCUCCACCACUGGACCAGGAAAGCCCCAACAACUAUCUAUAAUAAAUCAACAACUCUAUUGGCUACAAGGUAUGAAUCAAGAACUCUUUACAGUUUCUCUUGAAGACACAAAUGCCGUUCCCACACGUGUUAUUCUGAGAGAAGAAGAAGAAGAGACUGCGCAGAAGUCUAUUGAUGAGUCUCGCCCAAUAUCAAAGGAAGAGGAAUUGUUAAGAGAAAGACUACGACGACGGGUAACAGGUAUUAGUAGUUACCGUGUACGUUCAUACGAUAAAGCGGUAUUCUUUACAAGUGGAACCAAUAUGUUUUUAUACUAUCCAUCCCGUCAACAGGCACCAUUGAAAAUAUUUGAUUAUAUCCAUGAAGAGACAAGAAAACGAUUCUUUUCUACAGAAGGUAAACCUUUUCUUUGUAUUCAACAUCUUGAACAUGUUCACAACUCUCUACCUUCAGAAGAUGAUGAACAUACACAUACCAAUAUGCUUAAUAUUAUUACCUUUAUAUAUGAUAGUAACUUGUAUAGGGCAACUAUUACGGAACAACAAGAUGAUACAACUCUACCACCUCUUAUUGUAGAUGUGGAAAGUAUAACAACAUUUGGGGAUAAAUUACAUGAAUGUGGAACGGCAGAUUAUAUUAUGCAAGAAGAGUUCUCCCGAUAUACUGGACACUAUUCUACAGAUCAUUAUGUUUUAUUUACUUAUACCGAUACUUCCAUGUUACGUUUGGUUUCCCUUCUUGAUGGUACGGAUAACUCCUCUAUAGAGGAAAUGAUGUAUUGUCGAGUGGGAGAUCCAAAUGCCCGCAGUGUUAUUGUUGUGUAUGAAUUAAAAGAUAAACGCUAUCGAGUUAUCCCACGAGAUGCUAUUAACACUAUAGCUCCAUGGGCAGAAUACAUUCCACGAUUUGGUUUUAAAGAUCAUCAUACGAUUUACUUUUCUCUACUCAGUAGAACACAGGAACAGUAUUGUGUGUUAUCCUGUCCAAUAGAAUCUCUCCCAGUGGUGGAAGUCAAUGAAAUAGCGAAAUACUUCUCAGAUGAAAACACUCAUGCUAAUUCCAACACACAUUCAGAAAAAGAUACUUCUCAUCUUAACAAGAAACAGGGAUCCACAUCCUCUGUGGCGAUGCCCACCUUUACUAUAGAAUGGGAACAAAGUAUACCAUGGGCAUGGGUAGAAGUGAAACCAGGUCCACCUAUUAUAUUUGGAAAUGAUUAUGAUAUUACGGUCUGUCAUGCCAGUGAUACUCCUACAGCUCAUUAUCAUAUCUUUGUACGAAAAAGUGGGACUGAUAAAAAUGCAUGGCGACCAUUAACACAAGGGGAAUGGAAUGUAAAACCAGACAGUCUGUGGGUAAUCUCGGAUAGAGUUAUAUUUAUUGCAAACGCAGGUAAUAGAAUAGGAAAUAUAUUAUUCAGUGUACCACUACAAAUAAGUGAACAAGCGGCAUCGGAAGAUCAAUUAACACGACUUUCACCUCUUAAUGAACAUGUUUACAAUUUUACCGUAAAGAAUGGAUUAUUAUGUUAUGUGGCUGGUACAGCAUCUCAACCACCGGAAUUAUAUCAAACUACAUUACAUAAUACAACUGUACGACAUUUAAUUGAAACCAAAUGGUAUACAGCAGAUGUAACGGGAGAAAAGGAAAAGAUAAAAACUAGUAGUAGUAUUAAAUUGGAUGAUUUGGUCAUUCCAACCAUUAUCACCACUGUUAAUAGACGAGGUGUUCCUCUCAGUGGUCGAUUGUUUGUAUCCCCUCAUGUGGUUCCUGGUAAACCUGCUCCAUUGGCUAUUUACGUCUAUGGUGGUCCACAUGUACAACUUGUGUAUGAAAACGACUAUGAUGGUACCUGCAAAGCCAUCUUUCAACUGUUAGUAAAGAUGGGUAUAUCGGUAUUGGUUGCGGAUGGACAAAUGAGUAAUGCGAAUGGAUUACGUGAUCUCAGCAUCUGCAAACAUAACAUGGGUAACUUUGAAACCAGUGACUAUGUAGAUUUCGCACGAUAUAUUUCUUCUUCCUCAACGCGUCUCCCGUGUGGAUUAACAGUAGAUCCCGCACGAUUGGCGGUCUUUGGCUGGUCCUACGGGGGCUACGCCACUCUGCUGGCGAUGUCGCAGGCGGCGGAUGUGUUUAAAAUCGGAUUUGCCGGCGCUCCUGUGGGGGAUUGGAGACUCUACGAUACCGGAUACACCGAGCGAUACAUGGGUGAACUCUACACAACAGAGGGAGAAGAAAAAGAAGAGGAAGAAGAAAGAAAGGAGGGAGCAGAGACUGGGAAAGAAGGAAAAAGAAAGAUAAUGAGUCAAGCUUAUCUCCAUAGCACCAUUGCAAACUUUGUAUCAGGAUUCCCAGAUGACUUAAAUCGUGUUUUUAUCGCUCAUGGUUUACUGGAUGAAAAUGUACACUUCUUUAACACAUGUGCUGUUAUUAAUGCCAUGAUAGAAGAGGGAAAACCAUACCACAUUGUUCUCUAUCCAGGUGAACGUCAUGGUUUGAUGAAGAAAAAAGCAUCACGUCUUCAUCACGACGCAAUGAUUGUCAAAACACUUGUUGAGAUGCUCUAG